AUGAGGGAGCUUAUGCAUGAAUGGGGGGAAUUAGAGAGAGGGGAAGGGGCGAGGGAGUUAGAUGAAUUUGAGAAAGCGAGACUGGGGGAGGUUAAGAGGGAAAUAGUCGAGUUAGCAGUAGCUCAGGAGACUAGUUGGCGGCAAAAAUCGAGGGCGCUCUGGUUAAAGGAGGGGGAUUCGCAUACCAAGUUUUUCCAUAGGGUUGCGGUUGCAAAUCGAAGGAGAAACUUCAUAGAGUCCUUAGUUGUGGAUGGGGUGAGGAUUGAGGGAGAGGAGGAGCCUUCCCAGAAUGCGUUUGUGGAAGGUAGGCAGAUCCCGGAUGCUGCCUUGGUGGCAAAUGAACUUGUAGACUCCAGAAGGAAAAAUAGAGAACCCGGUUUACUAUGCAAGUUGGAUCUUGAGAAGGCUUUCGUCCAUGUCAAUAGGGAGUUCCUAGAUUUCAUUAUGAUGCGGAUGGGGUUUGGGGUAAGAUGGAGGGGAUGGAUCAAGUUAUGCAUUUCCUCAGUCAGAUUCUCUGUCCUGGUUAAUGGUAGCCCGUGUGGUUUCUUCAAGCUCCAGGGUCUCAGCAAGGUGACCCCUAUCCCCCACGCUAUUCAUUCUAGUGAUGGAUGCUCUGAGUAA